AUGUAUAUCAAAGACAUUUUGCUCGAACCUCUUGUGUGCAUCAUCCUUUGUUCUUUGCUGUAAGUAUUUCAGAGUAAUAAAAUUGAACUACGAUUUUGCCUGAGAUAAGAAAUUUCGACAGCCAUUCUUGAGGCCUGUUAAAUCUGAGGGUAUUAAGCAACUUGAACUAAACUGAAUGUGACAGCUUAGUUAGUAAAACGACGUGAUCAAACGCAUUCGAGAAACAACGAAUCAACAGGUUCUCUCAUAGCCAUAGCACUUUUUUAAAUUGCUUCUUACAUGAGUUGAUGCAUAUAAACGAUCAAAACUUUGUUAUCUCUGCAGAAUAAGCGCCAAAAAUAUUUGCGCUUGGGAAACAAAUGCUCUGAAUUCAUCGAAAGAAUAUUCGAGUAUUCGGCUCGCCGUUCCGGAGGACGCUGACGUGAGUACACAUCACUGAUUAAUAAUCUGUUUUACAAAAUCCUUAUGUAUGAAAUGAUGGAUCCGAAAACUUUGACGCAUUGGCCCACAUUACCCACCGUAAACUGAUUUACUGUUUAUUUAGACCGGAAUAUCAGGCUUGUACUCUAUAGAUUCUAAGCAUAUUGACAAAAAUGAUAUCACAGAGUUUCGUUCGGUAAAGUAUAAUCGUGAUAGCCUAUGUUGAGAUCAGCAACCUGCUUUGUCAAUCGGAAACUCCUUUAUCUAUAACGCACUCAAUGCACUGGUCUACCAGGUAUACUCGGUCAUCUGCUUAGAACUACACCAGCUAUAUCCUGCGAUCGUCUUAACAGAUCACAGUAUGCUGCAAAUAUGCCAAUUUUGUCUAUGGCAGCAGGCAGUUUACCUGUUACAGUUUUCCAAAAGGCGUAUUUGAGUGCAGUUUUCUAAAUAAAUGGUUAUUUGUGCUGGCUUUAGAAUGUUUAAUUACAAGCGUUUAUGAAGAGCCAGAAGUUUUAUUAAAUUACAAUUGCAUGUGCAUCUUCAUAGCAAUUACAUCUUGCGCAACAUCCUGAGUAGCGCAAGCAAAAUCAGCAAUGGCGUACGUACCAACUACCGAAACACUAGUGUGCUAAAUUCCGAAUACAAAUGCCGGGAGAGGCAAGCAUUACAAGUGCAUGAUUGUGUUAGUAGGAAUUAGGACAACGCACAUAAUCAAACAUUAAUUUAAACAAAUAAUAAUUUCUUUUUUUACAUAUAAUAUACGUUUCUGUAUAAAAUUAUUUUAUAUGAUCAAGCAGAAAGUGGAAAGAGGGGCUCCUUUUCAAGUCGAUUACUUAGGUCCUGUCAAUAUCUGCCUUCGGCUUAUAGGUUAUUUAUAAAAAGCCGCAAAUGAGAGCAGAUAACAGUUACUUAAAUAACGUCAUAUCUCGUUUAAUUUAGAAGUUAAGUUUUUAUGUUAUAUGUUUAUUUUGUUGGGCUGGUGAAGGUACACUACUCGAACAGUGUAAUACCUUUAACAAAAUGUUGUUCAUUCAUUAAGCUUUUCUGCAGCUCCUCUUUUGAUAUCUAUUUAAUCGAGUCAAGUCAAUUGUUUAUCCGAUCACACCUUUGAAAACAUGAAAUUGCACUACAGCUUGGAAACUCACCCGAUAUUUGCUUACAAUAUUUUGAUUAUCGAUUGCUUGCAAUUUUCCUUAUAAUAUUUUAGGAAGUGGAGGUUAAUGAUGUGCCCUUGACAAUACAAAACGAAGUGUUUGACUAG